AUUUUUUUCUUUUUCUACCAAGUAUUUUGUUCUUGUCUGAGAAUUGUUCCACACCCAUUUCCGUUUCCCACAUCCCUCCUGAGCUCCCGAGCCUCCAAGCGCUCUCUCACUCGCUCAAAUGACGUUCGAGUACGGCCUUGCGCUCGGCAUUGCCUUGGUCUUUGUCGCCGAGGCCUUGCUUGUCGCGCUCGUCUACCGGGUGCGACGCCUCCCGCCAGCCAAUCUGAACGAGCAGUGGCGGCUCAUGUCGACUGCCCCUCCGACUCUGCCACCCGCACAACCACCAGCAUUGUCACUACUAUCAGAGAGCCCUCCUCAGACUCUGCUGCCCAAAGCGAUGAUGACUGAGCCGACUUCAAGCUCGUUGUCGUUCUCGGCAACGUCCACUCCGCCGACAACCAGCCCUGGCGCUGUGUCUGUCGCUUCUGCCGUUUCUGCUGGCAGUGUGUUCGGCUCUGGUCUGCUGAGCGUGCCCGGAGCCUCGUCCGACACGCAGGUGUCCAAGAGCGGGACGAGCACUCCGCCCGGCUCUCAGUCUCAGUCCCAGUCACAGUCUCAGUCUCAGUCGCAAGAGCCAACUCCGAACAGGCGGCGACGGGCAUCGCUCUCUGCCAUCACAGAGCAGCCGCAGCCGCGCAAAGGGUCCAUUGCCAGUGUCCAAAGCAGCGCAGGGGUGCUCGCGGGUCUUCCAGCAGCACUCGCGCCAAAUUCGAACUCGACCACUUCGACCGGCCCGGCGUCGUGGCUACGGGGCAAGCUCAAGCUGCCAGGCGCCAAGUCGCAGCUGCUGCAAGAGCAAGUGCAGGCUCAGACACUGCACCAGCUGGUCCAAGAUGGCGGAAUUCCACCGAGCAUGGCAACGAUUGUGAGCGCAGCAUCCACGGCAACGACAUCGACAAUCACAAGCACCAGCACCACGAUUGGUUCAACGCAAGCGACGUUUGCUGCAGCAACUGCCGGUAGUGGUGCAAACCCAAAUCCUGCCAAGCCAAUGCCUGGCGCGGACCCACUCGAAACUCCGGCAGCGCGCUCAACCAGCGACGACGAUUACCUGUUUGUCGACUACUCGAACGGCGGCAGCGCGCGACCAAGCCUCCACUCUGUGAGCGAGUCGUGCUCGUGGCUCAAUACCUUCCUGCACCAGCUUGUCUUUGUGCAUGUUGGUGUGGAGAGCAUCCAGUCCAAGGUGGUGAGUGGGCUGAGCAACGCGUUCGAGGAGAUGGCGAAACGGCACCCGAUCGCUGCCAACCUCCAAGUUCGAGACUUUCUCUUUGGCUCGGCUCUGCCACAAAUCGCAUCCGCUCGGCUCGUCUCAGGCUCUGGGACGGUGGCUGCCGCGGCCGAAGCGGCUUCGGCAUCGCUUCUGGGCGUCCCGCUGCCGGAAGCAUCGGCAACCGUGCUGCCUGAACAUCUCAUUGUCGACUUUCAGCUCAAGUACGCUGGCGGUGCUAAACUGGUCAUUCAUUCCGACUACAUUGUCAACGUCAUCCUUUCAGUGGCGGUUGUCCAGUUUGAGGGUUGCUUGCGGCUCGAGAUUCGGAACAAUGCUGUGAUUCGCAUCUCCUUCGUCCAGCAGCCCAUCGUCGACUUUGAUGUCAAGCUGCGGUUCUCAGUGCUGGCUCCGCCCAGUGCAGUCACGCGUAUGAUCAAAAAGCGGCUGGAAAUGAUCAUCAAAGACACCAUCGUUGCGCCCAAGUUCAAGCUCAUCAACCUCGGGCCGCCAGCCGCUGUGAUUGGCACGCUGACCAUCACCGUCAAAGGUGCCACAAAUGUGUACGCGCAAGACAUCAACGGCUCUUCCGACCCGUACUAUGUAUUGACGGUCGGCGCGACCGAGCACCGCUCAGCUAUUGUCAACCAAACGCGAAAUCCGCAGUGGAAUGAGACCAUCACCAUUCGCAUCACCUCGGAAGACUUGUUUGUUCAUAUCAUCUUGUACGACCAUGACACUUACGGCAAGGACGACUUCCUCGGCCAGGUCAUUUACCCGCGCAGCAUGAUGGAACCAGAGGUCAUCCACGAACGAACGCUGCCACUCCGGGGGCGCCAUCCAUCCGACCAUGUGUCUGGCACGUUAACAUUGGAAAUGUUCUUUCAGCCACUGCAGGACAAGCAGUCCAACGCUGCCACUACCCCAACAGGACUCAGUCCCGCAACAGCCGCCGGUGCCGUCAGGUCUGCCAUGGGUUCAGGCGCGACCGCCGCUGCAGGUGGUCUGUCGUUGGCAAACCAUGACGAUUUCGAAGACCUGGAUGACGUUGACAACGAGGAUGCAAUGCUCGCCCAAAAACUGCGUUUGGAGCGCCAGAACACGGACGGCCAAAAGUCUGUGCGCUCCGUCCCUGCGACACCCAUUCUCAUGGACUUGGACAAGGACAAGGACCACGCCAUGGCCUUUCCAAGCAAGCGCAGUGUCGAGGAGGUACGGUCAGAGCUGGAACGCGCCGUCGAAGCGCUUGUUGUGGUUGAAGAAGAACGCAUGUCGUUCGCCCAGAGCAAGCCGACUCCUGCCUCCAAGCGAGUAGAUCAGCAAGCCGAAGAGCUGCGAGCCCAGAUUGCUCAACUCAAGCAGAAAGAAAGCCGCCUUCUGGUUGAUGACAGUGAGAUCUCGUGUGCUUCGGUGGAUGACAUCGAGCUAAACCUCGACGCUAGCUUGCCUUCUGCUGUGAAUGGUGGCACAGCACUCAAUCUGUCGCCUCGCGCGCCACUGACUGGUGUUCAUCAUCAGUUCCAGCCGAAUCGAUACACAAAGCCAACCUUUUGCAACGUUUGUGGUGGAUUUUUGGCAGGUCUUGUCUGGCAAGGUCAAAAGUGCAGUCAAUGUGGGUUUGACUGCCACAAACGAUGCAUCUCUGCAGCUCCCGCCAACUGCACGCUCAGCGGACAGUGAGUGUAAAGUUAUUGGACGGAUGUGGAUCGAGCUUGUCUUUGUCAUUGUUUCUUUAGUACGAUUACACGGU